AGACGACCGAGCGAAGCGAAGCGAGCGGAUUUGGUUCGACUUUGUUUUUCGUGCUUACUACUGUUUGAUUAUUUAUAACUUAACGUUUACAGUUUAUGUUUAUUAUUCUAGAAGAAAAAAGUAUUUCACAGUUACUAGAUUCGGUGUCUCUGAGCUGAAAGGAUUGCUAACCCAACCCUAGCCAUGUCGGGCCGGGAAAGACGGGUGAACGCGGGGAAUCGCAUGUCGAAGCUGUUAGAUGAAGAGGAGGAAGAUGAUUUCUAUAAAACAACCUAUGGAGGCUUCGAGGAGAUGGCUGAGGACGUGGACUAUGUUGAAGAAAAAGAAGUGGAUGAUGUUGUAGACUCCGACUUUGAUAUUGAUGAAGAUGAUGAACCUGCGUCAGACCAGGAAGUUGAUGAAAAAGCUAAAAGAAAGUCAGGAACCAAAGUUUAUAAAGAUCCAAAUCGAGUUAAAAAGAAGACAGCCCCAUCCGCUGAUAAACCAAAAAAGGAAGUUGUUAAAAAACCAAGAGAAAAGGUUUUUGAUGAAAAUAGCACAGAUAGCAAUGAUAAAUCCAUUGAUCUUUCUAAUGUUUCAGGUCGCAAGUCCAUCAGACAAAGCACAGCAGUGAAGUCCGCAGAAACAUUGCAAAGAAUUAAAAUUAGAUCGGAGUUGAAGAAAAAGAAUCCAAAAAAAACUGAAGAGAGAGCACUUACACAAGAAGAGUUGCUUGCUGAAGCUGUCAUUACUGAACAAGAGAAUCUAAAAAGCUUAGAAUUAUUCCAACAAAUUGAACUGGAGAAGAAGAAAUCCCGUCCAACCAAGAAGGGAAUAUCUGGCCCAAUCAUACGGUACCACUCAUUCGCAGUUCCUGAUGAGACCAAACUUUCUAGGAGUCAAAGUGAAAUUCUGCCGGAGGACACAAGUCUUAGUGAUUUAAUAAAAAAUGAGGAAGAGUUACUAGCACCUCCCGAGGAAACUCCUCAAAACAAUGUCAGUAAUGAGGAUGUACCAAUGACCGAAAUGAAACCUGAAGAAGACGGAGAUUUGGAGGAUGAACUGAAAACUGUGAACAUGGACCCAAUAGACGUGAUAGGUGUUGAUGAAGAGAUACAAGUGGACGAUAUUAGGAAGUUAAAAAAAGAUGAAAAGAAACCGAAGAAAAGGCAAGAAUAUACUACGACCAGUGAUGCAUUCUACGAGAGGACCCUGAUAUCAUUCAAAAAUGACAUCAAAGACAAAGCGUUUAAUGCCUCUUUUAAACAAGCACAGCCGAAGCGGAAGAGAUUACAGCUCUGCGCAGUUACCAAGAGGCCAGCCCGCUACAUAGAUCCAGUGACGAAGCUGCCCUAUUCGUGCGUCGACGCAUUCCGCAUCAUAAGGGAAGCAUACUACCAACAACUAGAGGCGAAAGGAGAUAGAACCGACCCACAGAUGGCAGAGUGGCUGAAGUGGAGGCUGGCAGACAAACGCUCCAGAUAUGUCCAGAUUAGUAUCAAGUAGGAAACACAGAUUAGAUAAAUAUGUUGUAGUUGAAACAGAGAUAAAAGAUUACCAAUGGACGAUGAUCUGUUUUAAGAAUCUAUGUUCGUGCGUGACCUUUUAUGUGACGAGGAUUUAGAUUAGAUUAUUGUAGAUCUCAUUCUUAAGAAAUAGCUAUGUAUUGAAUUCGAAAAUGAAUUUUGAAAUAUAAGUUUUUUAUAAUAA